GUCAUAUUCAUAUUCAAAUCAAACUUUAAUUUUUUAUUGAUAUCUUCUAUAUGUUUAAUUUGUUUCAAAUAACGACAGAAAAGGAACUUUUCAAUCUUCUUCUGUAUAUUUUUUUACUCAGUUCUCCGAUUAUCGCUGGAGCGCUGUUUAUCGUUGGAUCACCCUACGGCAGCCAGACAAGCUACUCGGGUAAGCUGGCACUAAACGGGUGUCUCGCAUGGAUAGUCAUGGAGCUCGUUUCGCCUGCCGCCCUACUCCUAGCAUACACCUACCCAUUGACACCCGGUCAAUUCAGCCAACGCACCCACACGACCGACCUGUUUGUUAUCCUUUGGGUUACGCAUUACAUUAACCGCGCGUUAAUCUACCCUCUUCGUCAGCCAUCCAGAAAACCAAUGCAUGUUGGGAUUAUGCUCUCCGCCUGCCUUUUUAACCUUAUCAACGGGUACCUCAACGGCCGCUGGCUCUCCGUAUUCUCCCCGCCGCCUACCACCACCACCACCAAUAUCAAUAACCACGCACUUUUAAACCCCAUUUUGGGCGUGUGCUUGUUUCUGUGCGGCAUGCUAGGUAACAUCUACCAUGAUGAAAUACUUAUGCGAAUCCGCAGAAAUUCUCAGAAUACCCGGUAUGCGGUACCUUUGGGUGGCGGGUUUGCAUUGUUAUCGUGUCCGCAUUUUUUGUGUGAGUUGGUAGAGUGGAUGGGUUUUGCUGUUGCGACAGGAUCGCCGGCCGCUUGGGCGUUUGUGCUGAGUGUCGCGUGCAAUUUGGUUCCACGCGCAAUGUUUAUCCACAGAUGGUAUCAGGACAAAUUCGACAAUUACCCGAAUAAUCGAAAGGCCAUUAUUCCAUUUUUACUUUAAAAAUCUCUGAAGGAUGUAGAAAAAAG